CAUAAUAAUAAGGGCUGUUAGUGUUACAACUUGAGUUGUCAACUUUUCGUGGUGAAUGUAUAUAGACAAAGUGCGACGUCAUAGUACAGAGGCUUAUUGAGAAGGCAAAACAUAGUUCUUAUAAUAAGGACCAUAUACACGCUUUGAGCUUUAUUCGGGAAAACGCUCCCUAUACAACCAUAAUAGAGCAAGGAGUACAACCUUCAAGAUGGAAUUUAAUUUGAGUCGCAUCCCCAACUCCGCUGAAAUGUUUGACCGGUUUCGUUCCGAGACCUGGUCGUUCGUCGUACUGAUUCUGGUCGUACUUUUGACAAUCUUCACCGUUUGUUUGUACAUCGAGGCGCUGGUUUUCCUUCAUCGUCGCUUUGAAUUCGGUUCUAGGCGGGGGUAUCUCAUCUACAUAUGCGGUGUGUUUCCGGUGCAUUCGGUUACAUCGUUUAUCGGACUGUGUAUACCAACGGCUUCAUUUGCAUGCAACUUCCUAGCCGAUAUGUACAUAGCGAUGGCGCUGUAUGCCCUCCUCCUACUGAUGACCGACCUCUUUGGGGGACUUGAUGAGACGGUGAGGGCGCUGUCGGAGACGGCCAUUCCACUAAGACAGCCACCGUGUUGCUGCUGCGUUUGUCUUCCGUCUGUCAAUUUUAACAAGAGAAUGUUUCAUCGAAUUCGCGUGGGCAUGUUGCAGUACAUCAUCGUGUUGCCCAUCGUUGUUCUUGUACCGGCGUUACUGUGGGUUGAUCAACUGAACCAACCUAGCCAGUCCUCGGGGAUCUACUCUACGAUUGAAAUACCGGCUACCGUGAUCAACGCCCUGUCUACCCUGACCGCGAUUUACUCCAUCAUGCUACUGUUCAGAGCGUCGCGGGCCCCGUUGAGACGCUUCCAGCUGCCCGGUCAGUUCGUCUCCGUGCAGCUCGUACUGGUGUUGGUGAAUUUUCAGCGGGUCAUUCUCACGAUUCUUAUACGGCUGAAUGUCGUCGAGUGCAUCCAACCGCUUCACUGCACUUCAGAUUUGGUUUUGAAGACCCUGUUGAAUCUCUUGAUUCUCUUCGAGAUGCCCCUAAUCAUGCUAGGCAAUCGCAUAGUGAUUCAGAGGUGGAUCCGAUCCGGCACCAACACCCAAUGCUUUCAGCCCGACGUCAAAGCCGACGCUGAGGGCGGCAAACACAUCUGCUUGCCCCCCUCUGAGAAUAACCACAAUGACGGAGCAUUUGACAACAAGGCGAUCUCUGGAACGGACCCCGAUCUGUCGACGCUCGUGUGAAGAUAUUAUAAUAAAAACCAAACAUGGAGGAACAUAGCCUAGGAAGCUCAGUUGGUACAGCACUGGAACGGUAACUCAGACGACGCAGGUUCGAAACCCGCUGCCGUCAACUUCUUUGUUCAGAUUACAAGGCAUCGAUCAUUCAGUUCCCGUAGUGAUUUAUAUGAAUCCAAAGAAAUGUCCGUGAAAAUCCGAACAAUGUUAUCGCUGGUGAACUUUAAUACCAAUGACGUUAUUAUAGUUGAGGCCAGUAUUGAAAUUAGGGUGUGUAUACAUAAUUGGUUCUGCUUUUCAAGGAGGUCCGAUCGUGGGGUCUAUACAGAGUUACCAUUAAUAUUCAACCCCCGAAAUGUUCCCAGCCUGGUACGCGUACUGCCUGCUCUGCGCACGAGUGUUUACACAAUUUUCCGUGUCAAAUCGGGCCAAUGUGCUAUAUUUUCUCGUUUGUUGCGGGAGAGAUUCCAAAAUUGUUUUUGCUAUAUACAUUAACUUUUUAGGAGUAAACAGUAACUAAACUCUGUAACUGUACCAAUUUUCAUGGGCGACAUUAUGCGAUGUUUUUUGCACCAUUAUCUACAAUGUAAUCUGUAAAAGCAAGUCUUGUCCCCUCUCCCUUACAAAAAAACCGGCUGGCAAGUAAACCAUAAAAAUUGAAAAAUGCUUGUUGGAAAUAUUUGGGCCGAGAACGCACCGGUAACACGGUUUUGUUGUAGUUGGGCUGACUAAUCGAUACUCCUGAAAAAAGUGAACUGUCAUGUUGUGAUUCGUGGUGGAAACAGUAUCCCAUACUGUUGCGCGCUAAUUAAUUAUAAAGUCUAACUUCUGCAGUUGUUAGCAAUUAUUUCGUGGUUAACGUAGACAUUGUGUGCAGACAAAGCAGGAUUCUAAUAAUAAGGCAUUCGUUCCAGCUUUAUUCCGGAAAACGCUCCCUGCAACCUUCAAGAUGGAAUUUAAUUUGAGUCGCAUUCCCAGCUCUGCUGAAAUGUUUGGCCGUGAGUACAUUGUUGAAACCUUUGCCGAUUUUAUACCAAUCAUUAGUACGGCGAUACAGAUCUGGCAUCUGUUUCUGUCGCUUGUAAUAUUGCGACGAAAACACUGGUUAAACUUGUCGACGAAUGGACUAUAUUUUGUUCUUGGAUCCUGGUGACGUGGGUGACCAUGCUUAACCGAUAUUGUAACCCAGGAGAAAAGUCGUACAUUUGAGAGGUUUUUUUUUAUCUUCAAUUAAAAACAGAUCAAAAUGUGGGCCAGGCCUAAAGUAAUUUAGUAUAUUAAUCUUUUAAAGAUGUUUUUCUCGCUUUCUUUUAUUUCAAAUCAUACAUUUGCAACAUAUUUUGCACUUUGUAUUAUUGUCAAUAUUGUCUUUUAAUUUGUGUCCAACAAAUUGUAGCUAUGUAGAAAGGGUUUAUGGCUCCUUUAUUUUCCGCCAUUUUGAAAAUCUGCCACCUUUGGGGAUAAAAAGGAGGGACAAAAGCGCCCGCCUCUCAUUUUUCAAAAAGGCCGGACUAGAAACUACGUUUUUUGUUUUCAUUCGGUCUAUGUGCCCACUUUUUCACGACCGAAGUCUAAUUAGUGCAAAAUGAGUACCUUUUAAUAAUUAAUCUACAGCAUGUCAUGAACUCAGACCCCAAAGAAAUGUGUUGCAUGGCCUCUCAUCUCAAUUUUCCUUUCUAGCAGACGCAGGUGCAACAGAUUAUAAGAGGCACACCGGACAAGUAUCACUCUCUAACAGUGACCAUUGGGCUUGGUAAAAAGGUUAAAAACGUGGUUAUCCAAGUCCAUCUUGAUACAACAUGGUGUAAUAAGUAUAUACGCGUGAACAUAAAAACUUGUAAUUUGUAUUGGAUAUAACUAUUAAAAUUAUGGAAAUGUCGGUGAAAUUCUA